UCUUGGUCUUAGUGAGUCCAGCGUGGUCCUGACUGACUGAUUCUGGAUCAGUGAACGCGUCUGUUCCUCCCAUCACAUCCAUCAGCUCUCAGCCCCGCCCCGCUCACUCCCAGCCGGACUGGAGGAUCAGCAGCCGGGCGGAGGAGCAGCAACCUGCCGCCCAGGACAGGCGAUGAUGGCGGCGGCUGCGGACAGAGGAGGAGUCCGGGGGGGCCCGUUCCCACCGAGCCCGAUGGUCGCGGCGGUGGAACCCGCGGUGGUUUCUGAGACCGGUGCUGCCGGAGAACCGGACGACCGCGUCCUGGUGCCGAUGAACCUGUUCGCCACCUGGGAGAUCGACCGGUCGUCUCCGAGCUGCGUGCCCAGGUUGUGCAGUCUGACUGUGAAGAAGCUGAUGGUUUUCAGGGAGCUGGACAGAGAACUGAGCUCCGUCGUCAUCGCUGUAAAGAUCCAGGGCUCAAAGAGAACUUUGAGAUCCAACGAGUAUCUUCUUCCUCCGGACGGUCUGAUGGAAACAGACCUGGAGCUCAGCUUCUCUCUGCAGUAUCCCCACUUCCUGAAGCGAGACGCGAACCGUCUGCACGUGAUGCUGCAGAGGAGGAAGAGGUACAAGAACCGAACCAUCCUGGGCUACAAAACCCUCGCAGUGGGAGUCAUCAAUAUGGCUGAGGUGAUGCAGCAUCCGACUGACGGAGCCCACAUCCUCAGUCUCCAUAGCAACCUGAAGGAUGCCUCGGUGCGUGCGGCAGAGCUGAGUGUCCUCUCUCUCUCCAGCCAGCCAAUCGAACAGGAGGACACAAGCGGUCACCAUGGCAACAAGACCAAGGCCUCAGAUCGCUCUCCUGACAUGGAGAACUACUGGGAGGACGACGACGACAGCUUCUCUUCCGAACAGGAAGGAAGCGAUGACGCCGUCCCGCCUCAGGACAUGUACGAUGACGACGAUGAUGUUCAGGGAAAGACGAAGAAGUCUCACAGGAAAAUGAUCCGGACAGCCUCGCUGACUCAGCAGCCGAACUUCAAACAGAAGUUUGUGGCUCUGUUGAAGAGAUUCAAAGUGACUGAUGAGGUUCUGGACUCAGACCCGGUGGGUCAGAGUCAGGAGGUGGAGGAGGACCUGGACCUCCUGUACGAUAGUCUGGAGGUCUACAACGCCAGUGACAGCGGCCCUGAGCUGGAUGACAAUGACAGCAUCCUCAGCACGCCAAAACCCAAACUCAGGCCGUUCUUCGAGGGGAUUUCUCAGUCCAGCUCUCAGACUGAGAUCGGGAGUCUCCACAGUCAGAGGAUCCAGCAGAGAGACCAGCCUGCAGCCGGAACAAUAACAUCAGAUCUUCAGCUGACACAGCAGGCAACAGAGACACUGCUGUCUCCUGGAGCUCAGGGGCCCCGGGGCCCCGAGGAGUCCAGAGGAGAGGAGGCCGGCCCGGGGGAUGUUGAGGAUGAUGUUUCCAUGGGAACAGAUGCAGGCCCGGUGGCCAAGCUCUGUAAAACUGAGUCGCAAACACACAUGUCACCAAGUAAGACAGGAAGUCAGGUGACUCGCCAUCCGUGGAGCGUCUCCAUGAAGGACAGACAGAACUCUAGAGGGACAGACAGGACCAGCAGCGUGGACAGUGAGACGUCGUCUGACUACAGGAUGCCCCCCCCACAGGUGGCCAGGAAGUCGGUCUUGGAUCAGCUGAACCACAUCCUGUUCUCUGAUGAUCAGAUCCCAGAGUCCAUCAUCCUGAUCAACACCACAGACUGGCAGGGACAGUACCUGUCAGAGGUUCUUUUCGAUCAGCCAAUCGUGUGCACCGUCUCAUCAGCUGAUGUUCAGGCCGCCUUCAGCGCCGUCAUCAGCCGGAUCCAGAGAUUCUGUAACUGUAACUCGCAGACUCCGCCCACAGUGAAAGUGGCGGUGGGCGGAGACCAGAGCUACCUCAGCACCGUCCUCUGCUGCUUCGUGGAGCAGCUGGCCAGCAAGACGCCUGAUUGGCUGAACUACGUCCGCUUCCUGAUCCUGCCUGUCGGAGCCCACCCCCUGGCCAAGUACCUGGCCUCGCUGGACGCUAAGUUCAACAGCCUGUUCAUGGACGCCGGCUGGAGGGAGCUGUUCGCACGUCUGGAGCCUCCGCCUCUCGAUCCCGUCGGUGUAGCAGGUCGAGUGUCUCAGUAUGUGGGCGGAGCCACUGUCUCUCACCUGUGUCCGAUCUCAGAGGCCAUGCUCACCUGCAAACACAAGAGCCCUGAUGACGACUCCUGCCAGAAGUUCGUUCCUUUCAUUGGGCUGGUGAAGGUCGGCAUCGUGGAGCAGAACUUCCUGUCCACCUCAGUGGACUCUGAUGACAUCAUACUGGGAUCUCCUCCCUCCCAAUCAGGAGCACCAAUCAGCAUUACCUCCACACCCCCCCCCUCCCCCUCCACCAGCUGCUCGGGGGAGGUGAUGGGUCUGCAGGUGGACUACUGGAGCAGUCAGGGGGGAGGAGGAGGAGGAGGAGAGCGGAGGAAGGAGGUG